GGACGAGCGGAAGGAGGGAAGUGUUGAGCCGCCGGAAUCGCCGAACCAUGGAUUGCCCUCUGCUCGCCCCUCUUGGUCCGCGUGCACGCGUGCCUGGCGCAGCGACCCCGCAGAGACCCGAGGGGGAAUCUCGCUGCUGCUCAGUCAACCAACGGACCAGAGAAGAGACGCAAGACGCAAGACGCCCACGCACAUCUCUCGGUCUAAGCUGGGAAGCUGCAAAGCUGCGAAGCUAGCCCUGCGUUGCGUUGCGUUGCUUUUUCCCGUCUCUUUCUCCCUCUCUCUCCUCGCUAUCUCAAUCCACCCUCUUAUACCCUUCAAUCCCCGCUCCUUCUCCUCGCUCUCCACUCUCCUCGCAAUGUCCUACCACCCGCACUCCCCCUCACAAACCUCCCUAGCCCCCUCCACCUCCAUGUCCACCACAACCGGAGCUCACACCGUAUCAGACAAUGCAACCCUCUCCGCCCGUCCCCUGACCUCGACGCACCCCUCCCCGUCCUCCUCGUCCCCCUCGUCCUCCUCUCACCACACGAUGCGCUACGGCACGGGACCUCUGAUUCCCCUCUGCAUAGACGGGGCGGACGAGCCCUUCUCCCCCAUCCUCAUCUCCGACCCUGCGAAAGGCAAGCAGGUCCUCUACGAGCUCACACCACCUGCUCCCCCCAGCGCCGAGGAGUACGGCGGCGUCGAGGUGCAGGGCCUCGUAACUGACGUGCACGUACGGGACCUUCUGCGAGCCAAUGAGCACCUGUACACUAUACGUACCUCGUCGAGUAGCGGCGGUGGGAAGGAGGCGGGGAAAAGUUGGCAACUCAUCCCACAGGAGCUCGGUGCGGCCAAUGCCACGCUGAGCCCGCGCAAGCGAUGGGGGACUAGCAGCUAUAAGCUUGAGUUUGACGCCCCGGGAAUCGGGAACGGGAGCGCCAAGGGGGAGACGUGGAUUUGGAAAGGGUCCGUCUUCAGUAGUAUGGAGCUUUACACCUCCUCCUCGUCCUCCUCGGGGGGAAAGAAGAAAACCCUCGCAGUCUAUCUGCGUACCUCAACCCGCUCCCAUACAUUGCGACUUUAUUCUCACCUCUUGCCCAGCUCCUCGGACGCGGACGCGGACGUGGACCCUCUCUCUUCCAACUCGACGGGUCCCAUCCUAGCAAAAGUCAUCGCGACCCUCUACCCCUUCCUGGCCAUCUAUCGCAAACACCUCGCGACGGAUUUCACCAGCGAUAAGGAGAUCGGUAUCCGGUCGGCUAGUGCUGCGCCUAGUGGGUGGGAUGCGAGGUUGAUGGGGGAUCUGCCCAAGGGGGCGAGUGGGAUUAGGAGGGGGGACGGCGCGAUUGGCGGUGGAGCUGGGGAGGAGCAGGAGCAGGAGGAGCAGGAUGGGAAGGAGAGUGGGGACGAGGAGUAUGGGGAUGAGGAGGGGAAUGCGAAUGGGACGGGGCAUACCCUCAAUGGUAACGGCAACGCGCAUGCGCACGGCAACGGCAACGGCAAAGAGGCCACACGAGGUGGAGGAGGCUGGAUGGGCAAGCUGCGAAGAUGAGGAGGAGUAGGUGCUGCAGCUGCGGGGCCCGCUUCGUAGGGAGGCCCGUUCUUCUCCCACGCGCGCGCGCGCCACACACACCUCUCUGGUAAUGUAAACCGGCU